AUGAACUUCCUCUGUUUGGAUUCUUUGAUGCUGACUUUGGUAGCUGUAGGACUGCGUGACGAAGAGGAUGAAGAUGUUCAAGUUAUUGAACCCUCCAUCAAAUCACCCAAGAAGAAAACUGGAAAUCAAGGUGGAAAAACAAAACAAUCUGCAAGAAAAAAGCAGAAUGUGCAGACUAGAGAGCUAUCUGCUGAACCAUCUGAUGAGCAGAUAGAGGAACAGCAAUCUGAAGGGCAUCCAGUGAGUGACAAUGCAGUGGAACCAGUGCAGCCCACCAAUGCAGAUGUAACAGUAACCAAAUUACCCAGGAAAGGAAAGAGAACUGCCAAAAGGAAGAGCAGUGCUCAACCCAAGGAAAAACAAACUGUUGAUCCUUCCGGGGAUCAGCAGAAUGCAAAAAAAAUUGUUGAGGAACAGCAAACUGAGGAACCAUCUACCAGGAGGUCACCAAGGACAAGGAAAGGCAGAUCACAUACUGAUCUCAUUUCUCGUGUCAACUCUGUUAACAUUGAACUGAAUCCUGACAUUGUUAACUCUGUUUUGGAAAUCAAAAUUGAAAGUGGUUUUAAAGGCAAAAUUGCUAACUUCUUUUCAUACAAAGAAUUUCCCUCUGCAUACCAUCACGUUCAUGUUGCAAAAUUAAUGACAUACUUUCAAUCUCACUUUAAUACUCUUGCUGAGGAAUCUGCUCGUACCCCCAUUCCUCCAGAAAAUGAAAAUGCACACCGAAAGAAGCCUAGAACUGAGCCAACCACUGAGGCUACCCCAGAAUACCAUGCCUCCAGUUCUCAACCACAGGACAAGGGACAAGCUCCGGCAACUGAAGAAAAAACUGAAGAAAAGGAUGAUGAUGAUGAGGAUGAGGACACUGAGGAAGAAGACCCUGCUCAGUUUCGUCUGGUUAGAAGAAGGCCUGGAUCCUCCAAGAUCACAUUUUAG